AUGGAAAUCCGGGAAGUAGAACUCGGAGAAUUUGCGGACAACAUUCUGCAAGCAGCAGGUGAAUCCGCUAGGAAUAGGACGUUUGGUCGACUAUUCAUGCUGUUCACUAUGCGAGGAGUAACAGACCCGCGAGAUACGAUCUUUGCUAUGUUCAACAUUCUCUCGGAAAUUCAAGGCUGUACUACUGGUGAUCUUAUUGACUAUAGCUUGUCACCACGAAAGGUCUACCUGAACGCAACGCAACUCUGGGCGAGGAGCAGUCAACUACGAAGAGUUUCCAAUGGACUAUCAAAGGAAACAGAGUUAGGGCGGAGCGCGACAGAGAUCUCGUUUUUUGAUUUUGUCGUAGACUUCGAAUUCAACGAGAAGCUGAAUCUUCCGUCUUGGGUGCCUAGUUGGCGAGGAACAUCGGGUGCUUUCUAUGAGAAUCCCAAUUUCUGUGCUGCCACUAGAGCCAAGCCAUACCUCAAUCCACCAGAUCCAGUUCUGUUUGAUGACGACGAGAUACCGCUACUUGUUAGAGGCAUCAAGCUAUUCACAGUAUCGAUGCUGAGUCCAGUCACGGCCGAUGGUGAACUUUCAAUAUUGGAACACCGAAAAAUGCUCAGUCAAUUUGUGGAUCCAUAUCCAACAACGGAGGAAACAUUCGCAGAAGUUUACGAGAGCACUCUAGACUUAGACGCAUCACAAUCAAUCUGUGAAGGCAACAGACCUUGCAAAUUCUGGGACGUUAUCUGCAAACAGCCGGCAGCCCUUCCACAAAACACAACCAAGGAUAUGACGGGGUCAUGCGUGGGGCCAUUCCAGGAGUCCUGGCCUAUUGCCUUACGGCCAGGGCUUUUUGACUCAAAAACCUUCAAAGGCUUCACGAAAAAGCGGAAUCUUUUCAUUUCACAAGACGGCUUUCUUGGUCUAGGUCCCCCUCGGCUAAAAAUGGGGGAUAUUGUCUGUUUGCUGUUUGGAGGCGCAAUGCCGUACGCUCUAAGAAAGUUAGAAUCUGAGAGAUAUGAAUUCCUCGGAUAUUGUCUUGUAUAUGGUAUCAUGUCAGGUGAAGCACUGGAAAGUAUGCCCAAGGAUAGGAUCGAGAACUUCAUCAUGGUUUAG